AUGUUACCAUGUUGAACAAUACUGAUCUUUCCGGCUUUCCGCGUGAAUAAUGCUAACUAAAUUAUGUAUUGUCUGUGAACUUUUAUUUCUAAUUUGCAACAUAAAAUGUUGCCAAGUACACAAAACCAAUGAAAAUCUUUAAAAACAAGAAAAAUGAAUGAAAAUACUGGUGUAAGAAAUAUUUUCCUGAAAGAAAUGGUUUCUUAUUUAUUUUGCCGGCUGAAAUGUUGAGAUUGAGGAGUUAUAAGUGAUGUGCCAUGUUUUAUACUUAUUUAUGUAAGAUUAAAUUGUAAAAUGAUGGUUUCUAAAUUGAAUUGUAGCUGUGAAAUAUUGUGUUUUUGAAUUUAAAAUGUUUGUGGACGUUUUUCGUGAUGUGAUUUUGGAAAUAAAUUAAGCAGUAUGGCGCGAGACGGUGACUUGCCAACUAUUUUCAACCCCAAGAGAGUGCGCGCUCCUUCUGUGAUAAUUACGAGCGAGGAAGUGGUAGAGAGUGAACGAGGUGGUGGUGAUGGGGAUAGGGAUCGUCCGAAUGGUCCCCCGACGCCGUUGAGUCCUCGGGCGCCUCUGACUCCGCAGGCAUCGGUGUGCUCGGCUCCGCCGCUGACCACUCAGCCGUCGCUGCAGCAGGCCUACAGUGAGUCCGCUGCUAGCAGCCAGGAUGAGGAGCGACAGCUGCGUGACAAGAAAUGCCCUCGAUCUUGUUGCUCAAAAUUUGCUAAGAAGAUAUACUAUGGUAUUUGUGUAAUGCUAACACUAACUGCCAGCUGGGUGACAUCCACCCACUGUAUAAAACACAUGUACCUCGAGGAAUAUCCACCAACCACCCAUGGCAUGGUAUACACCACAGAGUCGUCCCCUAUGGUCAAUAACUUUACUAAGCCACAUAACAAUCAUCUGUACAACGCACCAUUCUUUACGGCUUGGUUUUGCACCAACUGGUUGAUAUUCUUUUACCCCCUCUACCUGAUAGUAAUGCUCAUACACAACAAGUGUAAAUCUGCCAAUGACAUUGUGUUCGAUGCCUUCAGUGAUUUUAAGGAGAAGGGGUUCACUUUUGCACGAUUCAUAAGCCGAUGCGGUCUAUUCUGCCUGCUAUGGACGGUCACCAUCUACAUGUACACCUAUGCACUGAAGAUCUUACUGUCCACUGACGUGAUGGCACUGUUCGCCACUAACGUAUCAUGCAUCUACCUCCUCUCGUGGGUCAUACUGCACGAACAGUUUGUGGGAGUCAGGAUCGUAGCCGCGAUACUAUGCGACACGGGUAUCGCUCUCCUGGCGUAUAUGGAUGGCAUUACGGGCAGCUCAACUCUUGGGGGCGUGGUCCUAGCUGCCUGUGCGGCCGCUGGCUUCGCUAUAUUCAGAGUAUUAUUCAGGAAAGUGAUGGGUGACGUGAACUCUGGUCAGCGAGCCCUGUUCUUCUCGAUCCUGGGCAUAGUGAACGCGUCGCUGCUGUGGCCUCUAUGCUUAGCGCUGUAUCUCACCGGCUCCGAGAUGUUACCGUCACAUCGUAUGCCCUGGAUAUAUUUGCUCGUCGCGAGCAUUGCGUUGCUCAUUUUCCACCUCGUGUUUCAAUUCGGCAAUAUCAUCACGUACAAUAUAUUUGUGUCGCUCGCUCUUAUCACCGCGGUUCCCGUAUCAGCAGCGUUGGAUGUCGUUCUAUACGGAGUACAAUUCGAGGGUAUGAACUUGGCUGGACUGAUCCUGAUUGGCGUCGGUUUCUUCUUGGUCAUGUUCCCGGACAACUGGCCCGAUUACAUCAUGAGACUUUUGAGAUGGAGCCGCAGCCGCAAACGCGGCACAAACGGCACGGGCCGCAACCGGGACGCCAUGGACUACCGCACCGGCUACAUCAGGUCGCACCUGCGCUCGCCGUCCGGCCGCGUCAGGUGACCGCCCGAGCCCUAGCAGCCGCUCCUCGUGGUCGCCUGCGCGCCCGGGUGCUACGAGCUUCAGGUCAGGAAGUCGGUUUGAACCGGUUAGUGGUGGCUCUGUUUUGCCAGAUCAGGUCUCUUUUGUCGUACCUAUAGGGUCUUCUGUCAGAUUGAGAUUUCUUUGCCAGAUUAGGUAUUUUCUGUAAUAUAGUGACUUUUUGGUGUCUGUAUGGUUAGGUUAAGAAUGAAUCGUGUUUAAAGUUGAAAUCGAAGUAGAGGAGACAGUUGCCUAUCCAUCAUUUUGAAGUUCAAAAAUUGUGCUGAAAACUGUUUUGAUCUGUUAUCUGUUAUUAAACAAGUUUGCUGUAAUGGCGCAUCCACACAUGCCGCCGGGUUUCAGACCGCCUUGCCGCUGAAUGCAGGCCGCCGGCUUUACUGGCGGUUGCCGGCAAAUUACCACUCCGUAGCGAAGCCGCAAGCAAACUGCCGCCGGCAACCAAAAGCCGCGCGUGCCGCGGCUGAGAUGCGGCAAAUGCCGGCGGGCAUGUGUGGAUGCGCCAUUAGAAAUAAACAUCUGUGAAGUUUAAAAAUUUUUCAUAAUUCUGGAACCACCUACGCUUAUAUAAAAUCUUCGUCUUUUGUACCUAAAUUGGGGGAUUUUAGCAAAGAAUAGGCGCGAUGUUCAAUGCGUUAUCCUCAUUUCUCUUGGAACAUAUUAGAAAAAAAUAUGUUUAUAUCUUUGUUUUUCUGGUGGUUAGUAGUUAAGACCUAUUGAUUUUUAUCGUCUGGCAAACAGAGCUAAGAUUAAGCCGCGAGAUACAUCGAUCGAUAUUACAUAAAAUGUUUUCGCUUAGUCUAGUGGUUACGUAGAUUCGUGUGCGUCUCGGCACGGUAGAAUAAUCGAUUCAUAGUUAAGUUUGCGCGAAAAAUCAUUCAUAUUUUGCUGGUUACAAUUAUAUUUUAUUUCCUAGUCGGGUUAUCGCCUUAUCGUUAGGGCUUACUUUGCCUGACUAGGUUGAAAAUAUUUGAUAAUAAAAUUGAAUUUUGUGAUUUGAAAAAAAAAAGAAAAA